AUGAUUUAAAUAAAAGAACAUCUACCCAAGGAAUGGUUUGAUUUUAUCGAAUAAAUCAAGAUUUUGAAUCCAAUUGAUGAAGAAAAAGUUAAAUAAUUUGUAAAAGUUCGAGUCAGCCAAUUUCCAUCUGACUAAUAAAUGAAAUAAUACUACGAAGAAGUUUUUUCAAAGUAUUUGCAUCUUCCUACUAUAUUUAGAUCGACUAAUGAUUCUAAUAGAAAGAAGUGGCAUCAACAAGACAAGAUUCUGCUUAUUUGGUGUAUGACAAAAUACUUGAUGUCUUAAAAUAGAUCUGACCUAAUUCCUGUAAUAGUUUUUAUUUAUUGUUAGAAUGAUAGAGAUUGGGAAUAUAUAUCAAAAAUACUAUGUGUAGAUAAGUAAUUGGUUGAAUUAAAAUGGAUAUCCUUACUUCAUUCCAAUCUAAAAAUCUCUCCUUGGACUAAAGAAGAAGAUUAGAUUUUGACAGAUAUUGCAAGGUAAGAUUUUUAUAUAUUUUAGUUAAUACUAUUCAAAAAAUAAUUGGACAGAACUAACCAUAAUGUUUAAUUAAUUGUCUUAGACUUAGAGAUAUCCUAAAUAAAUAAGAGAGAGAUGGAACAAUGUACUUAAUCCAAACAUCUCCAGAUCAACUUGGACAAAGGAAGAAAAAAUUAAACUCAUUCAACUAAUUUUAGAUUAUGGUAAAAAAUGGUCUAAAAUACAGAAUUAAAUGAAUGGUAGAAGUGAAAAUUAAAUCAAAAAUCAAUAUAAUGGAAUCAUUAGAAAUUUAAAACGAUUUAAUGUAAUUUUCUAUUUAUAUAUUUCAGGUUUAAGAAACUGAAGAGAGAUCCUUACUCAAAGCUAUAGUAUAGAAUCCAGAUUAAAAAUUAAGUUUGACAGUUACAUAAUUUAUGUCUGACUUCUUGGCCAAGAAAGAAGCUUAAAAAAGAAUUGAUACUCCAUUAUUAAAUACUAAGAUGGAAGGUUCCAAUUUGAAAAAACCUAAAGUAGAACUACUAUCUCUUGAUAAUGGAAUAAGUGCUACAAGUAACAUAAUCUAUUGAUUUUUUAGAUGUAUCCUAAAUUGAAAAAAUAAAAAUAACUCAGGAUACUUAGAACUAGAUUGCUUAAACAACAAACUUAUUUCAACAGUAAAAUAACCAUUUCUCUGUACCUUAAAUUUAACCAUAAUAAAUUUAUUAUGGAAACUAAUAUUGUAUGCCUAGUUUCCCUAAUACAUAUAUGAAUUAUGCUCCAACUAAUUAGAUAUAUCCAAAUUAUCAUUAAUUUCCUAUUAACUUAGGAUUUUAACAAUAAUUACAAAUUUACCCAGGAUACUUCUGAUUU